AUGUCAGAAUUCCUGGCCGAUCCUGGAGGCAGUCGCUGGAAGGACGGUCAGUUCAACGACAAGCUGCACAAGCGUCUUGGCACAAGUUAUGACUCGUACAUCGCCACCAUCGAUGAACUACGGAAAACGACCGAUAUGUUUAAGCAACGGUUAAAGCUGGAUCCAGAUGGGAAACAAAAAUUCAAGGAUGAAGCAAACUUCAGAAAGUACUACAAGCGUUUGGAUUUCAGUCUGAAGAAGGCCGACUAUGACGACCUGAUGAGUUGUUUACGUCGGGCUAAUUCAUCACUUAACCGCAUGACAACACAGACAAUCUCUUUAGAAGGUCUACAGACUUCAGAAAAUCCGUAUCGUCCUCCAAUGCCCAGGUUUGAUGUAAUAAAGGAGCAUGCUCAAGGAGUUCACUACGCGUUAGAGUCUGGGUGGCAGUGCCCAUGCCAUGCCGACCAUGGCGUUCAUCUGCGCCUAGAGCACCGUAUGGAUCAGAUUCAGAACGAAGAAAGUGACGAAGAUGAGUCUGUCCAGGAGCCUUUUCAUGUGGUUUUCCGCUAUGAUCACCACAGUCUAACGAGCAACAACCCGAUCCCGCCCACCAAGAAACCAUGGAACUGGGAGGAAGUAGAUGUUCAGGUUACUAUUCGCAGUGAACCCUCGCCUGGAAACCCAAAAACCUUGGCUGCUGGCGCCAAAGGCGUUCGAUUCGCGAAACAAGCCAAGACCGCUGUCCAAGCAGCUUUGGGACCAACCCGCAACAUGCAGCCCAUCCAGAGUCUAUGUGCGACCAUUAGCACAUUACAGCCGCCACAGAGGGAGAUAUGUCUGUCUCUCCUAGUGAACGAAUACGCAAAAAAAAAGCAUAGUAUACUCAUCUACCCUUCCAAGAGCCCGCCACGAGAUACUGAGAGUUGGUCAAUCCGGGAUCUUCCGAGCGUGCUCACGGAUCCACGCUUCUCUCGCCGCUAUCGUAUACGACUGGCAGUCACUCUAGCUUCCAGCGUGCUGCAAUUACAUCAAACUCCCUGGCUCGCAGACAAUUGGAGAAACUCAGAUAUCCUCUUCAUCGAAAGAUCGGGCAACACCGCCUACACUGAUCCAUUCGUACUGCAGAACGCUGUAGGCGAAAAUCAAGCACGCGCUGCUUCUCUUCCACCUCUCAUGAAAUUGAUCAUUCGAAAUCAGGCCCUUUAUGCACUGGGCAUUGUGCUCAUCGAGCUUUGGUUCGGAAAGCCAUUAUCCGAAUACCAUAAACCAGAGGACGGGCUAUCAGGGACAGGCGAUGUACAGACAGACCUUAUCACAGAGCUUGCUACCGCAAACAGGCUUGUGGAAGAGCUUCGCGACGAUGCCGGAGGUAAUUACGCAGACGCAGUCCGCAGAUGUCUCAGCUGUGACUUCGACUGUCGUUUCAAAACGCUCGAUGACGUUGCGUUCCUCAAAGCGGUGUUUCAAGGCGUAGUAGCGCAGGUCAAGGACACGUUUGACUAUAUGUUCCGGACGAGAUCUUGA